AAUUCAUAUGUUCCUUCUAUACAAGUGAUUCCCCAGAUCAUAAUCCUCUGCUGAGAUUUGGGUUGGAUUCAAGAAUCUGGAGAAUUCCUGCAGCUUUGUAACUUCAGGAGGUGUGACCAGCUGAGAAAUUCACCUUUUGAGGAGUUCUGCGUUUUGCCAGUCAUCUCUUAUAACUGAGUGCCAAAGGAUACCACAGGUUUCUGCCAACUCCUGUCAAAUUAGUGGGCAUCUGGCAAGUCUUACUUACAGCACAAUUUGAAACUUUAGUAAGGAAGUUAUAAGAAGGACUCCAUGAAAGAUGACAGAGGAAGUUAUUGUGAUAGCAAAGUGGGACUACACUGCCCAACAGGACCAGGAGCUGGACAUCAAGAAAAACGAGCGUCUGUGGCUGCUGGAUGACUCCAAGACGUGGUGGCGCGUGAGGAACGCGGCCAACAGGACGGGCUACGUGCCGUCCAACUACGUGGAGAGGAAGAACAGCCUGAAGAAGGGUUCCCUCGUGAAGACCCUGAAGGACACGCUAGGCCUCGGCAAGACCAAGAGGAAGACCAGCGCGCGAGACGCAUCCCCGACCCCCAGCACAGACGCCGAGUACCCAGCCAACGGGGGCGGCGCCGACCGCAUCUACGACCUCAACAUCCCCGCCUUCGUGAAGUUCGCCUACGUGGCCGAGAGGGAGGACGAGCUGUCCCUGGUAAAGGGGUCGCGUGUCACUGUCAUGGAGAAGUGCAGCGACGGUUGGUGGCGUGGCAGCUACAACGGGCAGAUCGGCUGGUUUCCCUCCAACUACGUCCUGGAGGAGGUGGACGAAGCAGCCGCAGAGUCCCCCAGUUUCCUGAGCCUGCGGAAGGGUGCCUCCAUGAGCAAUGGCCAGGGCGCCCGGGUCCUGCACGUGGUGCAGACGCUGUACCCCUUCAGCUCGGUCACCGAGGAGGAGCUCAACUUCGAGAAGGGGGAGACCAUGGAGGUGAUCGAGAAGCCCGAGAAUGACCCCGAGUGGUGGAAGUGCAAAAACACCCGGGGGCAGGUCGGCCUGGUCCCCAAAAACUACGUGGUGGUCCUAAGCGACGGGCCCGCCCUGCACCCCUCGCACGCGCCGCAGAUAAGCUACGCGGGCCCCGCGUGCAGCGGGCGCUUCGCGGGCCGAGAGUGGUACUACGGGAACGUGACGCGGCACCAGGCCGAGUGUGCCCUCAACGAGCGGGGCGUCGAGGGUGACUUCCUCAUUAGGGACAGCGAGUCUUCGCCCAGUGACUUCUCCGUGUCUCUGAAAGCAUCAGGGAAGAACAAACAUUUCAAGGUGCAGCUUGUGGACAAUGUCUACUGCAUCGGGCAGCGGCGGUUUCACACCAUGGACGAGUUGGUGGAACACUACAAAAAGGCACCCAUCUUCACCAGCGAGCACGGGGAGAAGCUCUACCUCGUGAGAGCGCUGCAGUGACGGCCCCUGCCACAGCCCCAGCCACCUCUGGGCCCUCGGGGCCGCACUCACCUCCCCAGAGCCGAGCGGACCGGCCCCCAGAAGCAGCCGCGCUCACGGGCCCUCCCGCAGCGGGCCCCGCUCCGUCCGGUGGUUCAUCAUCGUCUCUUGGCUUCCUUUGCCUCGUUCAUCUUCGCGUGCAGGUCGGUUUGUUUGCCACUCGCCUCUCUCCUCUGCCACGCCGCGCCCUGCCACCCACUCUCCAGCCGCCCUCCUCCCGGCCAGGUUCAGGGGUCGGGAGGCGAGGAGGAACGUUCCUUCACUUUAUUCCUGUGCAACUGAAAACAGCCUUCGGGUUGUUCACGCUGACAGAACCCCUCAUGAAAAAGACAUCGGGCACGGUUUGAAUGCACCAAAGCUGCCGUUAAUUAUGUGAACUACAGUACGCUCCGAACGCGGGGUCCGCGGGCCCUGGGCUCCCUCUCCGGCCAGGCGGCACCUGCGAGGUCCCCGGUCCUGGCAGCCCUGGCUCCGUGCCCCUCGCCCCUGCAUGGCUCCCAGACUGUCCAGGGAGAGUGGACGCGCUUGCGGGUAGCAGCACCAGAACCACCAGAUGAGACAGUCGCGAGGAAACUCCAGUGCCUUCGGGGCUAUGCUUGCAAUAAAAGAAAUUUCCUUGAAAGUCCGUCCGCAGAAGCCGGACCGGUGACUCCGAAAGACCGAGGUUGUGGUCAUUUCCCCCCAGAUGUGCCAUCCGCAUAGUGCUUUUUCCUCUUGCCCUUCGGCUUGUUUAAAUUUCACAAUUAUGUAUUUAAUUCUCAAAGUAAUAUGUAUCCGUAGCCAUUUGUUGACACUAAUACAGAUGAUUAAGGAAAACAGCUGAUCUUUGGGGAAGGGGAGCUACCAUACACUUACACACACACGCACACACA